AUGUCAUUACUAAGAAACUCAAUCGGGCUUUGCCACAGCUGGUCUCCGAUCUCUCGGCGGAAACAGCUGGAUGCCUCAAAUCCUCUUGGAGUGAUGAUUCUCGUACGCCUGCUUCCUGGCUCACAUUUCAAAUGUCAAGGGACUAAGCAACAAAUUUUAGAAUGGCACGCUGUAUCACUGUACCAAACAGCACUACUUUUGGUUGCGCAAGUAUCAGUUCGUGCAUUUCUGGGUCCUGAGAUGUCUGGCAACAGGCGAUGGGUCGAAAUCAACUCCCAGUACACCGUUGUGGGGUUGGGCGCGGUGAUGGCGUUGCGAUCCUGGCCGCGUUGGCUGCUACCGCUCAUUCAUCGCUUCCACCCCCAGGUGCGGGCCACGCAGGCUCUGCUGUCCGAGGCGAGAGAGAUCAUGAAGCACGAACGUGAGAAGCGCAGACAGAAGAAGCACCGCCAAGUGGACUCCCUUGACUGGUUUGACGAGGUGGCUUCACAGAGAGGCGACCAGUAUGACCCGGCAGUUGCUCAGCUGACGUUCGCGGUGGCCGCCAUGCAUAGCACUACGGACCAACUGUGCCAGGUGCUGAUCGACUUGAGAAAUCAUCAAGACGUGGUAGAUGCACUGCGUAGGGAGCUCAUCGAAGCGGUCACACGCGAGGGCUGGAAGCAGGCGGCUUUCAACCAGCUGAAGCUGAUGGAUAGUGUUUUGAAAGAGACCCAGCGGCUAAAGCCUAUCAACCAGGUUUUCAACAAACGCGCCGUCCUUCGAGACCUCGAACUCAGCAAUGGAGUCCGCCUGCCCAAGGGCGCUUUUAUAGCCGUGUCAGCUCACCAAAUGCGGGAUCCAGAUGUCUUUCCCGAUCCGGAUGACUUCAAAGCGGACCGCUUCAUUGAAAGAGCCGAGUCCGACCCCGAAAAGGCGCGUUUUUGCGGCUUUUCUUCUGUCAGCAUUGAUCACACCGGCUUCGGCUUCGGGAAACAUGCCUGUCCCGGCCGCACUUAUGUGGCACUGGAGCUUAAAGUCCUCCUGGCUCAUAUUCUGCUCAAGUACGACUUUAAAAUGCCGGAUAGCGCCGAGCCCAGUCUCAUGAACCACGGGUUCGACAGCCUCACUGAUAUGACGGCCUCUGUCCUAGUUAAGAGACGGAAGGAAGAGAUUGAGUUGCCGGCUUAA